AUGUCAAAACGCAAACUAGUGUCAUCUCAAAUUGAGAAACUCAAGAAAAGGAAGGAUGAUCUUGAACUUCAAUUAGGAAAGCUCAAGGAGGCUCAGGACGAACUAUCAAUCGAAGACUUCGUCGAUGAUGAUAACUCGGAAAGUGAGUCGUCUUAUGACGAGGAGGAUGAGGAGGAUGAGGAGCACUUUGAGGACGAGCAAAGGACGGACGACACAAAGCGAAGCGAAACACAAAGCUCUGGCGCCGAGCUCAAUGCUGACAAGGCCGGCUCAAACAAACACGAAGCGAACCAAGAGCAAGAGGUGUCGGAUAUCACCGAGAAACCUCUACAGGCUUUCGUGACAAAAUCAUUAGGUGAACACCCAAACAAAUCAAAGGCCAAAGAAGUGGUGAUUCACUCGGAACUCAUUUCAUACUGGCAACAUUAUGCUAUCGAAGGACUCGACAAAGAAGAGCGCGAUCAAGCUAUUAAAAAGUACAAUAUUCCUAAAGCCCUUGAAGCUCCAAUUUUUAACGAGCCACUGCAGGCGGAUGAGAUCGAAGGAGUAGACCUGGAGGGAUUUGUUGAAAAAUUAGUCGAUGCAGCAAAACUCUUAUCUGAAAUUCAACACAAAGAGAGUGAGACUAGAAGGGCCUACAUCGCGCCUCAAUUUACGAAACAAUUCCAAGCUCUGUUGAAGAAAGCUGAACCAGACGAGCAACUCUUUGGGAAAGAGCUUUCAACUAAAAUGAAAGAAUUUAAGGACUCUGACAAACUUUUCAAGGACGUCACAAAACCAAACAAAUUUAAGACUCCCAUGGCGAAAACGGGAAACGGCAAACGCUCGACGGAGAGCCGUCCUUAG